GUCCCGUUAAUCCGUUAUCAAACUUUAAACCCUUUCUGCUUUGCAUCAAAUUCCUGCUCCAGCGCCGUCGUUCGUUCCCAACAAUCCUGCGCUGUCGUCCUCUUCCUUGCUCGCUCCUCCAGUUUCCAUUCCAAUACACGCCACCUACAUAAUCACCAUCAUAUUUCGGCUUCGCUAAGCAAGGCACAAUGGAGAGUCUCAAUCAUUUAAAUCUCCCAGUGCCAGUUCUACUCCCAGUCCCUGCCACUCGCUAUUGCCUUACAGCCUCCCUUGCCUGCUGAUACCGCGAUAAGAACAAGUAGACCAAAACACCAAGUAAAAUGGAUACUGGCCUGAGUGGAGAUUCUAUGGAAAAGCUUAAGGGGGUAAGAAUUGCUCCUCUUGAUGAUGACGACGACGAUUUUGAAGGACAAGAAAAUGAAGAAGUACAAGAACCAACUUUUGAAGAAGAAGAAGAAGAUGAUGACGAUGAGGAAGAAGAAGAACCAGUAACCCUUGGUUUUGUUGAGAAGCCUAAGCACUCCUGGUCUCUUCUCCGCCAAUUAUUUCCUAGCAAAGCUGGUGGUGUACCGGCAUGGCUGGAUCCAGUUAAUUUACCAUCUGGAAGAUCCUGUGCUUGUGACACAUGUGGAAAUCCUCUGCAAUUUUUGCUUCAGGUAUAUGCACCAAUAUCAGAGAAGGAAUCAACAUUUCAUCGAACAUUAUUUGUAUUUAUGUGCCCCAAAAUGUCAUGUCUUCGUCGUGAUCAACAUGAACAAUGGAAGUGUAGGUUAAAGAACUCAUCUCGAAGAAGUGUGAAGGUCUUUCGUUGUCAAUUGCCUCACCUUAAUCCUUUUUACUCAAGUGAGGCCCCAAAACUCGAUGGAACUGACAUACCUUCUGGAUCUGGAGUUGCACUUUGUAAUUGGUGUGGUACCUGGAAAGGAGAUCAAUUUUGUAUUAGUUGCAAGAAAGCACGUUACUGCUUGCAACAACAUCAGGCUAUGCACCGUAAAAUUAAUUGUCAGCAACUGAGUCUUUCUUCUCAAUUACAUAACUCUAGCUCCAGUGGUGGUGAAACCACUUCAAUGGAGAUAAUUAAAGCUACUAGCAAUGCUCUUUGGCCAGAGUACGAGAUACUAAAUGAGGAUGAAAGUGAAUUGGAUGCUGAAAUGUCUGAUGAUAAUGCAUAUGAUAAGUUGUUGAUAUCACAGAAGAGAACUGAUGACUCAAUGAUGUCAUUAGUAGACUGUUUCAAGGGGGAUAGCGACAGAAAAUGUUGGGCUUCUUUCCAAGAGCGUAUAGCCAAAGCCCCAGAACAAGUGUUGAGGUUGUGGGGUGCACAAACUCAAAGAUCAUUACAAAAUUUUGAAAUUGGCGGCAACCGUGAGCAGAUGCCGGAACCAAUCAUUCGUGCCUUCGGAAUUCUUAAGAAGUGUGCUGCCAAGGUGAACAUGGACUACGGACUUGAUCCAUCCAUAGGGAAGGCUAUAAUGCAAGCUGCUCAAGAGGUGGCUGAAGGGAAGCUAAGUGAUCAUUUCCCACUUGUUGUAUGGCAGACCGGCAGUGGCACUCAGAGUAACAUGAAUGCCAAUGAGGUUAUUGCCAAUAGAGCAGCUGAGAUUCUUGGACAUAAGCGUGGUGAAAAGUUUGUACAUCCAAAUGACCAUGUGAACAGAUCACAGUCUUCUAAUGAUACCUUCCCAACUGUAAUGCACAUUGCAGCUGCAACGGAAAUAAAUUCAAGACUAAUACCAAAUUUGAGAAAUUUGCACACUGCACUACAUUCAAAGUCUACUGAAUUCAAAGAUAUCGUCAAAAUUGGGCGUACACACACUCAAGAUGCAACACCUUUAACUCUCGGGCAAGAGUUUAGUGGCUAUACCACACAAGUAAAAUAUGGAAUUGAUCGGAUAUUGUGUACUCUACCCCGCAUGUAUCAGCUUGCACAAGGUGGAACGGCUGUUGGAACUGGUUUGAACACAAAGAAGGGAUUUGAUGUCAAAAUAGCUGCGGCAGUGGCUGAGGAAACAAGACUGCCAUUUGUGACAGCAGAAAACAAGUUUGAAGCUUUGGCUGCCCAUGAUGCCUUCGUUGAAAGUAGUGGAGCCCUUAACACAAUAGCUACCUCUCUAAUGAAGAUUGCAAAUGACGUACGUUUAUUAGGAAGUGGUCCUCGAUGUGGCCUUGGUGAACUCAUACUUCCAGAAAAUGAACCAGGCAGCAGUAUUAUGCCAGGAAAGGUUAAUCCUACUCAGUGUGAGGCGCUUACUAUGGUCUGUGCUCAGGUUAUGGGAAAUCAUGUGGCCAUUACAGUGGGUGGAUCAAAUGGCCAUUUUGAGUUAAAUGUUUUCAAGCCUAUGAUUGCUAGUAAUCUCUUGCAUUCUGUGAGAUUGCUCGGGGAUGCAUCUGCUUCCUUUGAGAAGAACUGUGUGAGGGGAAUUCAAGCUAAUAGGGAAAGAAUUUCAAAAUUACUCCAUGAGUCGCUAAUGCUUGUCACAUCGUUGAAUCCUAAAAUUGGUUAUGAUAAUGCAGCAGCAGUUGCCAAGCUAGCUCAUAAAGAAGGCAGUACCCUAAAGGAAGCUGCAUUGAAACUUCAAGUGCUUACCAGUGAAGAAUUUGAUAGCCUUGUGGUGCCUGAAAAAAUGAUUGGCCCAUCCAACUGAUGACGGUUUUCUGAGACCCCAGCUUCACCUGUCAAGGGUAUUCAUUGUGGUUCUUGCAACAUGUUAAAUAACUAGAUAGGGAAUAAUGGUGAGUGGUGAUUUUACUUCGAUACAACUAAACAUAUUCUUGGAGGUUUUCCCACGAGCUAGCUAGCUGGCAAAGUUUCUUUUAUUUGUCGGAUUAGGAACAUCAGCUAUUUAUGGGUUUAAUAAUGGAAUGCCUCCCUCAUUUUGUAAGGUAGGUUCACCAUACUCGAGAAAAUUACAUGCGGCAAUGAAGAACGUUAUUCUUUCAUCAGUAGCAUUUUUAAAGAUGUGGAUUGUCUAGUAACACUUUGCUAAUGUUAUAUUCAAGUCUAUAUUUUGUCA